AGGCAGGGCUGGGGGCAGAGCUGAAGACGGGGCCAGUGUUUGAGCCUCACUUUCUGUCUCUGUCUGAACUGGUUAAAAAAGACUGCAAGAUGUCGUCUGACUUCAGUAAAGCCCCGGCCAAUCAGGACACAGCUCCACAGGUGAAGGAAGGAACUGGCCGCACCCCGUUGGUAGUGACGUUGGUGGAUGAUGUCACAGGUGUGUGUCAGAGCCCCGCCUCCACACCGCUGCAGGUUCAAACAGCUGGUGUUCAGGUGACACUGCCCCCUGCAGGAGGAUCCCAACCAGUAAAAUACAGCAGGAAGUCGGAGGAGGCGGAGCCAUGGCAGUCAGAUCAUGCUGCAGCCAAUGAGAAGCAGCAGCUGGGAGCCCAGGCAUCGCUGCCAAUCACAGUCUGAUGAUGUCACAGGUUUCACAUCAAUUUGCACAAAGAUUUUUUUUUAUUAUUAUGAAAGAAUUUAAUUUAACUUUUCACUGAGAGUUUUUAUGAACGAGACGAAGGAAACGUCGCCGUCUUUUCUUUAGCUUUUUUACUCUGGUCCAGAACAUUCCACUGCUAAGCUCCUAAAGAUCUGGACCAGUGCUGGACCAGAACUGGACCAGAUACUGGUAUGUCCUUGAAGUCGAAGCUCUAAACAACAUGAAGUUUAUUUUUAUUUUGACAUACAUUUCAGCACACAAACAGUUUUAUUUUAAAAAUGUUGUAUUUCAUUUCUUGACCAGCAGGGGCAGACAUCUGUACCAGUUUUCUUAGUGGAUUGAACAGGACAUUUUAUCUUAGCCACUGCAGUCGUUAGCUGCUAAAUAUAAACAGUUGGCAUAAUCAGUGCUACUGCAGCUGCUAAAGCUAACACAUAUAUAGUAGUAGCAUCUGUUGGCUUAUCUGCUGUGUUGUUGCUUGGACAACGUCCUAGUGUUAAUAGCUAGCUCCUGGCUACAGUGAUGUUAGCUGUGGCUGUUAGCACCUCUGUAAUGUUGAUAGCAGCUGUUAGCCUAAGAAAACUUCAGCAGUAGAAGAUGUCCUGUCUUUACUCAACUAAACAACUUGACCUUUUGACCCCUUUGCUGCAUCAUUUGGAGUUUAUGCCCCCUACUGAUGAGAAGGAAGAAUUGCAACAUAUUUAAAAAAACAGAAGUCUGUUCAGUUUUUGUUAUACAGUGCAGUUUGUUUACACUAACAGAUGGUGGCGCUGUUCAGAUCCAUAUCUGCUGCUGGGUUUUCAAAUUUAUAUAUAUAUAUUUUUUGCUGACUUAACCAAAAAGUCUUAAAAAUGUGGCGAUAAAGGAACAGUUUGGUUGUUUAUGUUAACUCAGCCUGGACCAAAUCUCAUGGAGAAAAUCAUUGAUUUUAGCUCAGAGACACAGCACUUUUUGGUCCACUGGUUAAAACUCAGUUUACACUGUUAUUUUGUGACUUCACUGUAACUUAGUGACACAACAUGACCACACGAGGCAGCAGUGGACCAGCAGCUGCUGAAGAGCUAAGUCUGAUAACUCUGACAAAAACACAGAACUUUUCUAAAAAGGUCUAAAUGUGCACUUUUUUUAUGGUUAAGCAUGUGCUGUUCAAACCUUUAGGGCAGGACUAGCAGAGAUUUCAUUAAAAUGACUUUUGUUUCAGAUAAAAGUCUUUGAACCAAAGAUAUUUUUUAUUCUUAUUUUAUUUGUGUCUUUCAUGGCGCCUCAGUAAUUUUAUUCUGUUAACACUGGAAGAGAUGAGACCAACCUGAGGUCUUCAAGUCUCCACACAGACUGGUCACGUGGAGCCGGUCUUUAUUUACACUUAAUGUUCACCUAGUGAUGCUGGUGUUAAAAGUUAGCACAGUGAGCGCCAGGUAGUUAGCUUUGAAAAUCUGAAGCUCAACCAAAGCAGUCAACGUUCGCGUUCAUGACGUCACCGUUUAUGUUCGUGACGCUUCCGUCAACACAAGUCGUUUAUAAAAGUUGUAUUUUUGUCACAGUCACGUGUUGAUCAAUGUUCAUUAGACAACCGGGUGUUGUGUCGAAACCCCGCCCUGUUUUGUUACGUCACUGGUUCAAGGUUUUAUUCGGACGCGUCUGUUUUUUAACUGGAGAAGUUUUUUUUAAGUUUCUGAAAAGACUGAAGAUGACGUUUUGUUCACAUUUUAUUCUGAAUAAAAGUACUUUUUCCAAACGUGAUGCGUUUUUGGCUUUGUGGGCGAAAUAAAAUAACGAGAAGUAAGGCGAUUUUUAUAGAUUUUUUUUUUCAUUUGUCGAAUUAAAUUCUGCUACAUCUAUUGACGUAGUAGUAACCCGACCAAUCAGUUCGGUUACCGUGCGCUCUGACUGCACAAGUGCCACCGUGCACCUGCGGAGGAGAGGACGGCAGCCCGUGCAGGAUGCAGAUCUUACUGCUGAAGCUGAUCGGCCUGCUAGGACUGUUUACGCUGAUGUUGGCCGGUGUGCUGCUGCCAGUGCGCCUUCUGCUGGUGGAUCGUGGCAAAGUAGAGAAGUACAGCAGAGCGCUGUCUCUUUGCAACUCUUUCGCAGGAGGCGUGUUCCUCGCCACCUGCUUCAAUGCUCUGCUGCCAGCUGUCAGACAGAAGGUGCUGCAGCUGUCGUCUUCCCUUCACCUCAGCUCUGAUUUUCCAUUGGCUGAGACUGUGAUGAUGUUUGGUUUCUUCCUCACUGUCUUCGUGGAGCAGAGUGUCCUGACCUUCAGGAAGGAGCCGCCCUCCUUCAUCCAUCUGGACACCUUCGGAGCCGAUGCCUGCUCCGAGGUAGGCAGCGACUCAGAGAAUGAGACACCCUUCAUCUCUCCAUCCAGGGGAGUAGCUGUGGGGGGCGGGGUCUGUGGUCAUCGCAGCUACGGACCUUUAGGUGGAGCACAGCUCUCGGGGGCGGGGCCCAUGCGGCUGGCCAGUCUAGUCCUGGCUCUCUCCGCCCACUCGGUCUUUGAAGGGCUGGCCCUAGGUCUGCAGGAGGACAGGACUAAACUGGGCGGGCUCUUCCUGGGCGUGGCCAUGCACCAGACGUUGGCUGGCGUUGCCCUGGGCGUCAGUGCAGCCAAGUCAUCACUAGGUCUAGGGAAUUCCACCAAGCUGGGAGUGGCCGUCAGUCUGAUGAUUCCACUCGGAGCUGUGGUUGGAAUCACUGUCCAAUCGGUGGAGACACUGGCAGGGGGCGUGGCCUCCCUACUGCUACAGGGAUUGGCUGCUGGAACAUUUCUGUUUGUGCUUUUCUUUGAAAUCCUGUCCAAAGAGCUGGAGCAGAAUCAGGACCGGCUCCUCAAAGUCUUCUUUCUGGUUCUGGGGUACUCCACACUGGCCAUGCUCCUCAUCUUCAUCCACGGCUGAUGGAACAGGAAGUGAUGAUUAACUAAAUCCUGUCAGGGACAACCAUCAGAAAAGGAGGAGAGCAUGCUGGGAAGUCACUCCUGCUGUUGACUUUUUGAAUAUGAAACUAUUUGAUGAGUGACAUCACAGGUGGGAGGGUUCCUGACCACAGAGAAAUUUGACCUUUGACCUCAUCAUCAUGUUAAUAGCACAGAGUAACAGUAGUCCCGAGUCCCUAACCCUAUAUCCAAUAUGAUGUUAGCUGUUUGCUAUAAGUGCGCCUGCUGCAAACACCUAUUCAUACAGCAGGGGGCACUCUCAUAUACAAACUUAAAUGUCCCUUUAAGAUAAAUAAAAUCUUUAUUAUUGUGACAAAGAAA